UAAGACCCAAGGGUAAAGACUAGUGACAUCGAUUGCACACUGAGUGUCUGCACCCAGACAGGGAAGCAGGCCAAACAAAAUCCGAGCUCGCGUUGCCUUGGCUCCACGGAGCAAGAGUUGGUGUUUCCAGUGUUCAGGAAAAAGUAACUGAAAUGUUUCCUGGGCAUCCUCUUUGCACAUCUCUUGCUGAACCUUACCCUAACGUUUUAGGCUUUGCCAAGAGGUUACCCACUCAUGCUGAACCUAACGGCGGGUGCCUAGGGACCCUCUCUCCGGAAGCCACUGCCCCGCGGGGCCUGAGCGUCCGGUUGCCUGGGAGACGCCGGGACAACUUGGCUCGCUGCGGAGUUGCUGAGCUGCCGGCUGCCUGCUCACAGUCACCCGCGCUGGCUGCAGCUGUUUGGGCUGCUGGAGACCAGGUGGACCCCGACCACGCUGUGCAACAUUACACUGCCAAUCAAUCCAUAAAGAAUUGAAGUCACUUCAUCUAUAAUGGAAAAGUACGAAAAACUAGCUAAGAUCGGAGAAGGGUCUUAUGGUGUUGUAUUCAAAUGCAGAAAUAAAUCCUCUGGACAAAUAGUCGCAAUUAAGAAAUUUGUGGAGUCUGAAGAUGACCCUGUUGUGAAAAAAAUCGCACUACGAGAAAUACGUGUGUUGAAGCAAUUAAAACACCCCAACCUUGUGAACCUCAUUGAGGUGUUCAGGAGGAAGAGAAAAAUGCAUUUAGUGUUUGAAUACUGUGAUCAUACACUUCUAAAUGAGCUGGAAAGAAACCCAACUGGUGUUACAGAUGGAGUGAUCAAAAGUGUGUUGUGGCAGACACUUCAAGCUCUUAAUUUCUGCCAUAAACAUAACUGUAUUCACAGAGAUGUGAAACCUGAGAAUAUUUUAAUCACUAAGCAAGGAAUAAUCAAGAUCUGUGACUUCGGCUUUGCACGAAUUCUGACUCCAGGAGAUGCCUACACUGAUUACGUUGCUACCAGAUGGUACCGAGCCCCUGAACUUCUCGUGGGUGAUACCCAGUAUGGUUCUUCAGUGGACGUGUGGGCCAUCGGUUGUGUUUUUGCAGAGCUCCUGACAGGCCAGCCACUCUGGCCAGGAAAAUCAGAUGUGGACCAACUUUAUCUGAUCAUCAGAACACUGGGGAAACUAAUCCCACGACAUCAAUCAAUCUUUAAAAGUAACCAGUUUUUCCAUGGCAUCAGCAUCCCUGAACCGGAAGACAUGGAAACUCUUGAGGAAAAGUUCUCCUAUGCUCAUCCUGUGGCUCUGAACUUCAUGAAGGGGUGUCUGAAGAUGAAUCCAAAUGACAGAUUAACCUGCGCCCAGCUCCUGGAGAGCUCCUACUUUGAUUCUGUUCAAGAGGAACAGAUUAAAAGGAAAGCACGUAACGAGGGAAGAAACAGAAGACGUCAGCAGAAUCAACUGUUGCCUCUCAUACCAGGAUGCCACAUCUCCCCCACACCUGAUGGAAGAAAACAAGUCCUCCAGUUAAAAUUGGAUCAUCUUCCAAACAUUUAGGAAAAUGCUCUUUCAAGUGCAAAAACAUUUGCUUUAAAUGCUGUAAGGCCUGAAGCUGCACAUUUGAAGGAGACAUUUUCACUCUUAGCAACCCCUCCGGAGACAAUUUAUUUUGGAAAUUUGUGGACUUCUGCCUUGCUUUGUGAAAAAGAUUCACAUAUGCCACCUUGCUUCAACAGACCACAAAGUACCUUAAAGCAAUACCAAAGAGCUUGCCUCGCUGUUGCUUGUGUAGAGAAUGACACUAUGUUCCUGCAUUUUAAUUCCCUCUUCUUGUAAGCAGGUCUGUUGAGUAAUGCUGGCAUUUUGUUCCAUGUUUUUACAUUGAUGAAGAAAGAGAACCAUGAAAGGUCAUCUGGGUUUA